AUGAAGGGACUGCUGACAUUCAGGGAUGUGGCCAUAGAAUUCUCUCAGGAAGAAUGGGGAUGCCUGAACCACAGUCAGCGGGAACUGUACAGAGAUGUGAUGUUAGAGACCUAUGGACACCUCCUCUUCUUGGGUCUCAUUGUUGGGAAGCCAGACCUGGUCAUCUUUUUGGAGCAAGAGAAAGACCUGUGGGAUGUGAAGAGAAAGGACACCUUCCCAGGUAGGUGGGAAGGAAGCAGAUGA